AUGAAGGCUUUAGGGUUUUCACCUAAACAAAAGUUUUGUGCUAGAAGGCAAACGCAAAGGUGGCUGCUGGAGGGAGAUCGAUCUUCAUCUUUCACGUUCUCCAGCAUGGAAACACAGAGGAAUAAGCUUACAAAGGUAAGUGUAAACUCAGAGUUGCUUCCGGUUGAUCUGAUGAUGGAGAUACUUAAACGAUUUCCUCUCAAACCUAUAAUCAGAUUCUUGUGCGUAUCUAAGCUCUGGGCUUCCAGAAUCCGUAGCCGAUAUUUCAUGAAAUUGUUUCUCAACGAGUCCUUAAAAAGACCCAUAAGUCUUGUAUUCGUAUUCAGAGAUAAUUCUCUGGGUUUAACCAUCUCAUCCGUUCACCUCAAAAGUACACCUGAAGCAUCAUCAUCAUCAUCAUCAUCUUCUGCUUCUCCAAUCAUUUACCAUGUGACUUUCCACACCAGACAACGCACGACCAUUGCUCCUUCUGUCCACGGUUUGAUUUGCUAUGGACCACCUUCUACCCUUGUCGUAUAUAACCCUUGCACUAGACGAUCAAUUACCUUGCCCAAGAUCAAAGCAGGGAGGAGAGCCAUAAACCAAUACUUAGGCUAUGAUCCCAUCAACAAUGAUUAUAAAGUGUUGUGCAUUACGAGAGGCAUGCCUAAGCUGAGAAACAGACGCGGUUUAGCUGAGGAGAUACAAGUUUUGACAUUGGGAACUCGAGAUUCAUGGAGGAUGAUUCAAGACAUUAUUCCUCCUCACUCUCCUGUAACUGAGGAACUUUGCAUCAAUGGUGUUUUGUAUUAUCAAGCUUUUAUUGGCACAAAACUAAAUAAGUCUGCAAUCAUGAGUUUUGAUGUUAGGUCUGAAAAACUUGAUCUUAUCAAAGGACCUUGCAACUUUCGUAGUUUUUCAAAGUUGACAAACUAUGAGGGAAAGCUAGCUGUCAUCUUCUAUGAAAAGAAAGUCAGUAGUAUUAUUGGUUUGUGGGUUCUACAAGAUGCAUCUAAGGAGGAAUGGUCGAAGAAGACCUUUGUUUUGCCUAAUCUAGCUGCCUCAGCAACAAACUCGCAUAUUCUUAGGUUUCACAAGUUUCGCACCACUGACGCUGACACGGGUGAGAUUAUUUUUACACCAACUUUUGUGCAUUCAUCACUAUCCAGUGCUGUCUAUUGUGAUCUGAAGAACAAUAGAGUGAGAAAUUUUGUAAAAGAAGGAACCACGGAGCAUUAUAUACGAUGUCAUGCAGACUCUGUUUCCUCUACUCAGGUUGAGAAUCUCAUGUUUCUAUGAGGUCAGUUUCCUGCUCCUCAAGUCAUGCAGUUCCCCAUCCCAUUCUCCUUAAUUUGAACAGGUCUUUUGUUCUUCGGUUUAGUUGAGUUCUAUCUGGUUUACUUGACAAGCUUUCAUGAUCUAGAUUGAUUAUGUUCAUCAAUCAUCUUCUAUGUUUUAUAUUUGGUAUUCGGAGCAAACUCUUUUCUCAGAAACUAUUUAGAGAAGGAUCCAGAGGAAUUACUUAGACUAUGUACGUAGUUGAAGUAUGUAUAUGUAUACCAUUUGACGAGGUUAAUUAAGCAGAGCACAAGGUUUUGUUGUUCGGAUCAAAUUAGU